GAAAGUCCCGACCGCCGGCCUUCUGAGCCCGGCCGGAAUCUCCGUGGACUUUGCGCUCGGUUGGGCACUUUGUAAACUUCCCCGGCAGCUCUGCACCGGCGUCGCAAGGCCUUUUGCGAGAGGAUUUGGGAAUGCCAGGAGGGAAGAAGGUGAUCGGGGGCAGCAGUGGUGCUGUCCCCACUGCCACUGCUGCCCCCUCUGGGGUCAGGCGUUUGGAGACCAGCGAAGGGGCCUCAGCCCAGAGAGAUGAUGAGCCAGAGGAAGAAGGGGAAGAGGACCUGCGAGAUGGAGGCAUCCCCUUCUUUGUCAAUCGGGGUGGACUCCCUGUGGACGAGGCCACUUGGGAAAGGAUGUGGAAGCAUGUGGCCAAGAUCCACCCUGAUGGGGAGAAGGUGGCUCAGCGGAUCCGUGGGGCCACGGACCUGCCCAAGAUUCCCAUACCGAGUGUGCCUACGUUCCAGCCCUCUACGCCUGUCCCCGAGCGUCUGGAAGCCGUGCAGCGCUACAUCAGGGAGCUGCAGUACAAUCACACGGGGACACAGUUCUUUGAAAUUAAGAAGAGCAGACCUCUGACAGGGCUGAUGGACCUGGCCAAGGAAAUGACCAAAGAGGCUCUGCCAAUCAAAUGCCUGGAAGCUGUGAUCCUGGGAAUUUACCUCACCAACAGCAUGCCCACCCUGGAACGCUUCCCCAUCAGCUUCAAGACCUACUUCUCAGGGAACUACUUCCGCCACAUCGUGCUGGGGGUGAACUUCGGGGGCCGCUACGGGGCGCUGGGCAUGAGCCGGCGCGAGGACCUGAUGUACAAGCCGCCGGCCUUCCGCACGCUCAGCGAGCUCGUGCUGGACUACGAGGCCGCCUACAGCCGCUGCUGGCACGUGCUGAAGAAGGUGAAGCUGGGCCAGUGCGUGUCCCACGACCCGCACAGCGUGGAGCAGAUCGAGUGGAAGCACUCGGUCCUGGAUGUGGAGAAGCUGGGCCGCGAGGACCUCCGCAAGGAGCUGGAGCGGCACGCCCGCGAUAUGCGGCUCAAGAUUGGCAAAGGGGCCGGCCCUCCCUCCCCCACCAAGGACCGGAAGAAGGAUGUAUCCUCCCCUCAGCGGGGCCAGUCCAGCCCCCACCGCAGGAACAGCCGCAGCGAAAGGCGGCCUUCCGGUGAGAAGAAGCCUUCGGAGCCCAAAGCCAUGCCAGACCUCAAUGGGUACCAGAUCCGGGUGUGAGGCAGGUGGCAGCACCCCAGCCUCACCCACUUCUAGGGGCCAGGAUCCACCUGCCAGAACCAGCCUCACCCCUGGGGAACGUGGGGCUGACUAUGGGGUGGCACGAGGGGCAGCAGGAAGAGCUCGUCCCAGCUCAGCCACCCAAGCUGCUGCCCCUGCAGCUGGGCCAAGCCCCCUAACUUUGGACCAAGAAGCAGUUAAGGGUUCAAGUUUGAGUUUUUAACUCAACAGCUGAAAUUUAAGGUAUUUGGAAAAAACUUAAAACUAAUGGAUCUGCCAGGGGCUGGAAGGCCAGUGCUUAUAAGAUCUGAGUGCCGCAGGGCUGGGUAGGGAGGGGUUGCUGGCUCUGCUGGUACCCCUGUCCCUGAGGUCUCUCUGGGAUUUGGGUCCAUCCUGUCUACGGGAGACCUCCCAGCCCUGCCAGGCCUGUGGCGGGACAGGGGGGGAAGGAUGGAGGUGUUUCUCCAGUCCUGCCUGUCCUGGCAGAAUCUUGACCCAGGGAAAGGAAAGCAGGGUAGGAACCAUCCCGGGAAAGGUCCAUGUGGCCCAUAUCAGGCACGUGGCACAGGCCACAUCUGCCCCAAGAGCCAGAGAGCGUGACCCAGGAGGGCCCUUCUGCCCUUGCAGCCUCACGGACAGUGCUGUGUGGGCUGACACUGCCUAGUGGCAGGGCCCGUGCUGGGGUGGGCUGUAUGACAGCCCUGGAGACAACCACUCCGGGGCGAGGCAGGGGGGAGAGUUCCUGGGCCUGUACCUGGUCUUCCUACUCAGCCCAGCUCUGCCUCUUGCUGAAGCAGGGCCUCCUUGUAGAGGGGCUGGGCUUUGCUGAGAGCCCAGAGGUACACUGGGCUCAGCAUGACUGUGGGGGUUGAACAGACCUAGGGGGUCCAGGAACCAUGGCUGGGGAUGGGGUGGGACUGUCCCCCUGGUAGGUAGUCCCCAGGGGUGGGCACUGCUGCUCCCCCUUCCUGCUGCCUUAGCCCUUGCUGGAGAAACGACAACCAGACCAGGAUCCCUGUGUCCCAGGCCCACCUCCCCUUGUGUAGCAUCCCAGGGCUGGAUGGCCCGCGGGUGAUCAGGCCUGUUACAUGUGGUGGCUCAUCAGGGAGGAACCUGAACAGCUCGAAGGUGCACAGCCUACCUGGCGGGCAAGUGAGAGGUGGUAGAGAGAGGCUGGCGGGGUUGGGGGAAGGUUCUGGAGGCUCAAGCCACAAAGCAGCGUAGGUCAGGAGGGCAGUGUGGCCACCAAGGAGAGACACAGCGUAAGAACUGGGGAGGUGUACGUGAGAGAGAAUGUGGGGGAGAGUUUAGAAGAUCAGGCUGCCUUGAGGAAUGGCGAGUUCCCUAUUGCUGGAGGUAUUCAAGCGAAGACUAGAUGGCUACUUGUCAGGAAGCUAUAGAGAGGAUGCAGGUUAUGGAAGGAUAGCUGUUUGAGAUGGCCACUGUGGUUUCUUCAUGCUGAGAGGCUAUGAUUCAGCCGGGGCAGCUGUCCGUAGGGAUGCAGAGGGGGUGGGGUUGAGGGGGCUGGAAAAGGGAGGAUGAGAACCAGAGGCAUAAACUCAGAUGCCUCCAGGACCAGGCAGGUGAUUGAAAGGAGAGCUGCAGGGCUGGGUGGGGAUAGUGGCAAACUAAAGACAUACCCCAUUAAAACACCCACUGCCGCUGCCGCUCAGCUGUUCUCAGAGUACAGGGUCUGCAUUACCAGCUUGUCUGAUUUCUUUUCAAAGGUCAGAACUCUGAAUUUUUACAUGAAAUGUGCUGAUCUUUAAAUGUUGGCAAUCCAUUCAGAAAAUGGGAAAGAUUGACAGUGUGUAAUCUUGGAAGUCAAGGGCGCUUAUGCUCGGGAGAAGUCCACUGAGACACGUGGAGGUGGAAGGUUCUAGGCUUCCUGGAGCAGGCUGGGCCAGGGCAGAGGCCUCACUGCUGACGCUGCUCCCAGAGUGGGCAGCUGCCCCUAGCUCAUCCCCUCUCUCCCUGCAGACCAGAGCCCCGCCAGGCACUCCCGGAGGUUGCUCUGUCACCAGAGGGGGUGGAGUGGAAGAGAAAGAGUGCAGUUCUCAGCCGGCCAGGGAGAUGCACGGUGCCGCGAAGCAAAGGAAGGGAGACAGGAUGCGUUUACCGAUGCGAGUCCCUGUCAAGAGGCCCCAGGGCUCGCAGCUCUUCAAACCAGCAGCUCUUGGCCCAGAGCCAGGCCUAGCAGGGACGCCAGCUAGUCAUUCCCUUGGGUUUCUCAUAGGUCACUGGGCCCUAGGGAGAUGCCUAACCUGCCCCCUGGGCUACACCCCAGCCAGACCAUUCUGAGGGCCGUCAUGACCCUUAACUCACCAUCCCAUCCAUCCCAGUUUUCAGGGAAAGGGGUGGUGGGUCCCCACAUUCGCCUGAGGCAGAGAUGGAUCCCUUUGGGAGGCAUGAGACUGAAAACGAGACCUUUUGUGGGUCUGGAUGUGGGUGCCUCGUGCAGGCUCCUCACCAGCAGACCCCAGAUGCCCCUGUGGACCACAAGACUUGAGGGUGAGAUGCGAGAGGGAGCUGGGGUCGGGGAGACGUGGGGAAGCUGCUCUUGGUACCAGUGCCCAGCAGGACACUGUGACCUACAGGCUCUUUCCUGAGCGGUCUGGGGAGAAGGAAGCAGAAUGAGCCCCAACCCCUACCGCUGUCCCCCGGGGGGGGACCCGCCACCUCCAGCUGAUGACUCCCUAGAACUCCUCCUUCCUAGCUGAGACCUCCGGCCUGUGGACACCCACAGGGUACAGCGGUGCUUUUUAAUUUAUUUUUAACUCUUUCACAUAUGUAGCAAGCCCUCCUCCCCUUCUGGGCAUGUUUACACAGGCUCUGCUCCCCGGGGCUGGCCUGGCUGCAGAUUCCGGGGAGGCAGAGGCAGGGACUUUGGGGCCUUAGUCACCAUCCUCAGUAUCACCUCAUCUCACUUCCUGUGAGGGACUGGGCCUGGCUGCUCCUGACUCAGGACUGCCUUCCAGCACGCAGAGUGGGCUCCUCUGCCCCGGGGGGGCAGGGGCUGCUGGCUGAGGAGGGGGAAAGGGGAGGGGACAAAGCUGCUGGAUGAAGGUGGGUCAGCAUGGGGGUGACUGCUCCCCAAAGCCUUGCUCUGUGCUGACUGCCAGGUCAGAGCACUGGGAAACUGCGUUUCGAGCCUUCCCGCCUGCCUGCUGGCCGGUCCUCUCCCUCAUGUGGCUUCAGCACAGUCCCAUUCCCCUCGCCCAUGCCACCAGCCACCCCACCCUUCCUGGACAUGGCCAUGCGGGGAGAGCAGCAUCCCCAGCCCCUGGGCUGUGACGAUGAAGCCUCAGGCUGGGGUUCUGAGGAGCAGAAAGAGCCCAGAGGUUGGCCAUGGCUGGUUUCUGGCCUUCUCUGUCAUCUCACGCCACCCUCCCACCAGCCCUUCCAGCUUGGACCUGACUUUGGGCCCUGAGACGAGGUCUAAUUCUGGCCAGUAGCAUGUCCAGAGGCCUGUGCGCCUGCAUCUCCUGUCUGGGUUGUCUUGGGCUCAGCUGCAGCAGCAUCCUCAGGCCCACCGGCUGGUCUCAGAGCAUGGGUGGCAGCUGGACCCAGGAUAUUGAGCGCAUUCUUUGUGCCGGAGGCUGGCUGUGUUGAAGUCCCCACUCCCCCAUUCACUGAGAAACCAAGAAACCAGUGUGGAGGGUAGGGCGGUCCUCUGGAGGAGCGUGGGGUGGGGGGCCAGGCGGGGCCGCUGUGGUGCUUGCUGCAAGUCCGCCACUAUUGACCCCCCCACCCCAGCCCAUCUGGGUACUCCAGAGUCCCAAGUUCCCCUUUUUCUUCAAGUCUGGUGAGAAGAAUUUGGGCGCACUUGGCCUGGGCGCCUGGUGGUAGACACCCUGCCCUUAGGCUCUGUGUCCAGCUGCCCUGUUGUCCUGGACCUGAUUCCUCCUCUUGUCAUAUCAGUAUUGCCCCCUCCCUCUUACUUUUACACGUGGUCUCAUUCCUGCUCUCACUCUUUCCUUGAAAUGAAUAAAGUCUCCCCAGCUCGGCUGUGUGGGCUGCGCGGAAACCACAGCUUGUGAACCUUGUCUCCUUCCCUCCUUACCCACCAGUGUCUGCCUCGGCAGCUCGGGAAGAACCUGCUGACCAGGGUGGUGGGGGAGCUCCAGACGAGCCAACAGAAUACCCUGAGCCCUACAGUCAAGAUCAAACUUCGGGGUCCCAGCUCAUCACCCUCAGCCUGCUGAUGCCACUGAGGUCUAGCAGCCCGGGGUCUGUUAAUCCUCAUCGGGGAGAAUUCCUGUGGCUGCAAAUGAAGCCCUUCUCCCUCACCAGCCAGCUCAGCCCCCAGAGGCCCAGGCUGCGUGCGGGGCCCUGCUCUUCCUGUCCUUGUCCCCAGCAGUCCAUCAGGAGCAGACUGGAGGCGGGCUGUCCUCCUGGAAGACAGGCCAUUUCAGGAAACGACAGCAACAGGGAUCUGAGGCCCCGUCUCAUCAGAGUCACCAGUGCAGAAUCUAUGGUGGUUAAAGCCACAGCUUUGGCCAACAGCCCUGGCUCCUCUUGUGACCUCUCCUUCCUCUGGCCCUGGACCUCUUCCUGUGCUUUAAGGCAAGUCCAAACAGUUGAGCGACGUGCACAGAAGUAUCUUCUAGACCCCACAGCCUUUUUCACCUUUAACCCUUCCUCCCCACUUCUCUGCCCUCUUUUCAUUCAGCUUGAGAGUAAAAUUUAGAUAUAAAAGGAAAGAGCAUGAUUUCUUAUUUCUUACCCCAGCCAGUCCCCGUAAAAUCCCAACUGGAAGUGUAGUUUAGCACAGCAAGCUUCCCACAGUGUGGUGGUGAGGCAUGGCUACCGGGAAGAAAAGAGGUGGUCCACUGGAGCCCAUGAAUGUUUUGGACUGUACCCUGUUAAAAAGAGGCAGUUAAGCUACUUAAGCUUCAUUUACAUCCACUUAAUCCCAAAAAAGAGCCUUUCAAUAAAGGUGACCAGAGUUGAUACCUUUAUACACACCUUUAUACAAAGGAAAUUCACUCACUCAAGUCCAGCUAAAGUACCAAGCUUCAGCGAGAUGAGCUCAUCCAGGGCUGGGCCCCGGGACCGCUCUCGAACAAACGAGGGCUGAGUAUGUGCUCGGGUGAGUCUGUCAUGAGUCAACCAGGUUCACCAUGGACAGUGCCGCCCACUUUCUUAGAAUUGACAUGGGGUAGGUGCCAUCGUGGACUCCCAAGAGGACCAGAACCCAACUUACUGGGGGCAUCAUCACCUUUCCUUCUGCUCCUUUUCUUUCAAGCUUACGGCAUGUGCCUGAUUUAGGCACGUGACUAAUGGGGGUUGAAGCUUUGGAUGCAGGUGGCACUUCUCAGAGGCUUGGACAUGAAGAGGUUGAAACUCUGCACCCACAUCUGCCAGAAUGUGACAUCCUGUCCACGACUGUGGAGGGCAGUGGGGACAGGAAAUGCUGGUCAUACCAAAGACCAAGCCCAGACACAGGCUGCCCGGUACCCUUUAUUGUGUUUGCCAAGGUGGGUGAGGGGCCCAUUGAGGCCUGGCAGGUGGUGGGGGUGGCCGCCCACAUGGACGUGUGCACCCCCUCCAGCCCCCAGGCAGAAAGGAUUCAGACAUGGGAAAGACAAAGCCUCCAAGAAUGUUAGGGGUGGAGACCCCCUGUCUCUCCGCAGCUGCAUGAGGCCUCUGGCCCAUGGGCCCAGGCAGGGGCCAGGGAUGGGGCAGAAGGCGGAGUUUCCUUCCAGGUACCUGAAGGUCACAUUCUCCUAACCCAGGCCAGAUGGACAGGCCAGCAGGCUCUCCUCUGACUGGCCCUUGCCAGAGACAGUCUUGUUUUGCCCACUUGGUGGGGAGAGGCAAUGGGAGGUAUGGGCCAGGACGAGUGUGGGAGCUAGGACGGCAGGGCAGCCGCGCUUUCUCUGGGGGAAUAGAAGAGGGGCCCCUCCUGCUCCUGGAAGAAGAGAAGCCAUCAAAAACCAAUCCCCUAGUUAGCAGCUACACCAAGGCAAGAACUGGAGAGUCAAAACAGUUUAAAAAUAAGCCCACAGCAGCCUGGUUGGUUGGUUCCCUUCUCCCAGGUCCAGCCCCGUGUAUCUGCCUUACAGAACAACCAGUCACUCCUACUCCCAGAAAAGGCUGUUUCUGAGGAGCUUGGGUGACAAGAAAAAAAGCAAAGGAGAGUCUCAGUUUAGCUCUUUGGGAUCUCUGCUUCCUCAGAUGGAAAGGUAAGACAGGCACACCUGAGCUGCCACUUUGUAGAGCUACCACUUGGUAGAGCUACUAUCUGCUGAUUGUGGAUGUGGAAGCACUCUGAAAACUUCAAGUGCCAGGCAGGAGGCUGUGUGACUCAGGCCACCGGGGGAAACCCUCCAGGCUGGGAAAGGGGUCUCUGGGGACACACCUCAAAGCUUGGAAGCUAUAAAAGAGUUCCAAGCCCCCAGGGCCCAGUGUCCAGGCUGGCUGGAGAGGACUACCCACCCUCAAUUCCAGUUGUUACCAGUAAUUACCAAUUAUGUAAUUGCCAAUAAUAUUCAGAUUCUUAGCAUCCCUUGCUUGCCAAAGCCCAAACAGCAUGAUUUCAGAGCUGAAAAUUCCUCACAAGUGGAAAAGACUAUGACUUUAAUUUCCAUUUCCCCAAGAUAUGAAAAAACACAGGGAGGGGUUCACUUACCCACGGCCACCAAGUGACCGGGCUAAGAUGACAAGUGGUAUUCCUAAGCCUCGGCUACAUUUCUUUCCACUGAAUCCCAGCCCAGGUGGUUCAACUGGUACCCCGGUAGCUUUAAAUAACCCAGAUUCUCAGGCACUGAUUCCGAGGUAUAGGGCCUGGGACUCUGUCCAGGUGAGAGAGAAAACCACAUUUGGUCUCAGGGCCUUUCCCCACAGGGCACAGAGGCUGCUGGACUUGCUGCAGGAGGAGGCUGGAGGAAGAGAGAAGUCCCAGUGGAGUGACUCCUGGGAAGGAGGAGAAACCUUUCCAGCAACAGAUGGCCCACAACUCAGCCCUGGCUCCAGAACACAAAGGAGAUGACCAGAAAUAGACACGCAGCCAGGGGCAUCUGCCAUGGCGUCAUGCCCAUGCCGCUGCCAGGGCUUUGGCCAGAAAAACACUUCUCAGCCGUUUUUUUAGCACAGAUCCUCCUGAAAUGCAGCUCAGCUCUGCUAGGGGGAGGUACAGGUGCAGCAGAUGGAAUAAGAAUGAAAGUAGCUGGAAAAGCUCUUCUCCUCUAGCUCAGUGAGGACGGAGAAGAGAGCUGCACCUAGUGAGAGUCAGGGCAGGAGGCUGCGCUCAGGCCCUGUCCCUCCCAGGCCUCGAGGCAUGGGCAUCUGCCUGGUUACCAGAGGGGGUGAGGAUCCCUUUCUCUGGUCUAGACCAAGGAUUUGAGGCCCCACCCCAGGAUCAGACUCUUCCUCUCUUCCCACCUCGUUCUCCAGGCCUUCCCCCUUCCAUGUCCUUUAGGGUCCUAAGAAAAUGACCAACAGUAGGGGGGAAAGGUAAAUUUUAUUUGGAAAAGAGAGUUCAAAUGACCGUUUAAAACCCCCCUUUAAUUUCCAAAACAGAAACAAAUUAAAAAAAAACAUGGAAAAGAUCAUCUAUCAAGCUCCUGCUCUCUCUAGCCAUUUUUAAACUGCAUUUCCUGGCAGAAGAGAACAGUGAUGGGCCCUAGUCCUAGAACCAGUAGGGCACUGUGUCGAGACCAUCUCAGGAGAUGCCCAGGGAGAGGCAAACAGAGUGGAUGGUGAGGUGUGGACAGAGAGGCCCAGGGCUCAGACAGACAUGCCCAGUAUCCAGGAAACAAUGUUUAAAAAUAUACACGAAUAGACGAAUUCCCCGGAACCUAGGCACAGAAAGCUUAUAACCAUGAACACAGCAGCAGAAUUCAAGCUGGGUCUUUGGCUCUCCAAAAAAAAAAAAAAAAAAAAAAAA